GUGCGGCGGGGCCGGGCCGGGCGGGGCCGGGCGGGGGCCGGGCCGGGCCGGGCGGCGUGCGGGGCGCGGCGGGCCGUGCCCGGUGCGCGGGGGCCGGCGGCUCGCUGGUGACAAGCCCCUGCCAGAACCUCUUUUGUGCGCCCGCAGCCAAUCAAGGCCGCUGACGACACACUUCACUUGGGAUAUAAAACCCCGGGGCCGCCGCCGCCGCUUUUUCUCCCCCCCCCCCCCGCGGCCCCUCGCCGCCCCGCUCCGCGCCCCGCCGCCGCCGCCGCCGCCGCCCCGCUCCGCGCCCCGCUCCGCGCCCCGCUCCGCCGGCCCGGGCCCGGCGCGCCGCGGCGGGGGCCGGCGGGGAAGGCCCCGGGAUGGCCCCGGUGCUGCUGUGGCUGCUGGCGCUGGUCGCGGGGGGCCCGGCGGACGCGCAGCCCCCCGCCGCCGCCGCCGCCGCCGCCGAGCCCGCCUGCCCCGUGUGCCUGUGGCGGCGGCACAGCAAGGAGCUGCGGCUGGAGAGCAUCAAGUCGCAGAUCCUGAGCAAGCUGCGGCUGAAGGAAGCGCCCAACAUCACCCGCGAGGUGGUGAACCAGCUGCUGCCCAAGGCGCCGCCGCUCCAGCAGAUCCUCGACCUCCACGACUUCCAGGGCGACUCGCUGCAGCACGACGAGUACCUGGAGGAGGACGAGUACCACGCCACCACCGAGACCGUCAUCAGCAUGGCCCAGGAAACCGACCCCGUGGUGCAGAUCGAGGGCAACCCCCACUGCUGCUUCUUCAACUUCAGCCCCAAGAUCAUGUUCACCAAGGUGGUGAAGGCGCAGCUGUGGGUGUACCUGCGGCCGGUGCAGCACACCUCCACCGUCUACCUGCAGAUCCUCCGCCUCAAGCCGGUGACGGAGGAGGGCAGCCGCCACAUCCGCAUCCGCUCGCUCAAGAUCGACCUCAACUCCCGCAUCGGGCACUGGCAGAGCAUCGACUUCAAGCACGUGCUGCAGAACUGGUUCAAGCAGCCGCAGAACAACUGGGGCAUCGAGAUCAAUGCCUUCGACCCCAACGGCAACGACCUGGCCGUCACCUCGCUCGGCCCCGGGGCCGAAGGGCUGCACCCCUUCAUGGAGCUGCGGGUGCUGGAGAGCAACAAGCGCUCGCGGAGGAACCUGGGGCUGGACUGCGACGAGCACUCGACCGAAUCGCGCUGCUGCCGCUACCCGCUCACCGUCGACUUCGAGGCCUUCGGCUGGGACUGGAUUAUCGCCCCCAAGAGAUACAAAGCCAACUACUGCUCGGGGCAGUGCGAGUACAUGUUCAUGCAGAAGUACCCGCACACCCACCUGGUGCAGCAGGCCAACCCCCGGGGCUCGGCGGGGCCCUGCUGCACCCCCACCAAGAUGUCCCCCAUCAACAUGCUCUACUUCAACGACAAGCAGCAGAUCAUCUACGGCAAGAUCCCGGGCAUGGUGGUUGACAGAUGUGGAUGCUCUUAGACCCCCGCUGGUGCUGCCCCCUCCGCCCCGGGCCCCACGUCCAGCCAACAAACUCAUCUUUUCUUCCACUUUUUUUUUUUGUUGUUGUUGUUAUUGAUUUUUUUUUUUUUUAAAGAUACAAAGAACAAGCGUUGAGAUUCCUUUGAAUGUUGGGGAAAGAGAGCGAGAAUAAUAAUAAUAAUAAUAAUAAUAAUAAAAAAAAAAUCCGGCGGAGAAACGCUGCACCAAACCUGCGCUUCGACAUGCAUUGUGCAAUAAGCAGACCGACAGAGAAGGGAGGGGGCGGCCCCCCCAGCACCGCCACCGCCCCGGCACCGGCACCACGCGGCUCCUCCACCGGACACCUCUGGCCCCAGGGGAGAGCAGAGGGGAGACGGCAGCGGCGCAGCGGAUGAGUGGAGCCUGCGGGGACGGGGACGCGGCCGUGCGCCCCGCGGCGAAGGCGACAUCCGAGGCUGACAGCGGGGAAAAGGCUCCUGCCCCAGUUCCCCUCUCGGAGCGAGGACUGCAGGAUCCAGCCCCGGGACGGCUCGGCCACGUGGGCGCAGGCGGCAGGUCCGGCCCGGGAGGAAUCCGUCUCCCUCCUUUAAUUUAUUUAUUUAUUACGGACCCUCCUGGCCGGCGCUCUGCCAUGGGACGCCCCAGGGUGCUGCCUCCUCCCCGCCUUCGCGCCACCAUCGCCACGCCGGGCACCACGACAGCAGGGCCAGCGCAGUCCUCGAGGCCCCUGCGUGCCCCCAGCCCUGAGCCACCCGCAGCUGGAGGGGUCCCGGCUGCCCCCCUGCCCUCCUGGAGCGGAUCUGGCCCCAGCGGGACGCAGCCGGGGGGACUCAGGGGGACGCGGCCGGGGGGGCGGCCACGGUGCGGGGUUAUCUGGAGGCGGCACCGGCCAGAAUUGGACGGAGGCUCUGGCUGGGGAGAAAUUCCGCUUAUGCGGCACAUUCGCCUCCCCCUCUGCCCUCGAUGUUUGGAUUAUUUUCGCAUGAGAACAGGAUCCUGCUUUCUCAAGAGUUCAUCUGCCCCUGCUGCUCCGGCGUCUCCCCUCCGCAGCCGCAGUGAUGCAACCGGCCCUGGCGCCAGGCGGCCGCCGGCCCCGCACCCCCCCCCCGCUGUCCCCCAUGCACCGGGCACCCCCGCGCCCCCCGCCCCCGGACCCACGGGAUGGAAGCCGCCGGCUCGGGGGCAGCACGAGGAAGACCCCGGACCUCGUCCCUAGCACUUAUCCAAAGGGUGCCGGAGCGCCCUGGCCGGGCGCCGUGCCCCAGCCCUCCCACCCUGAUUGCAGCACCAUGGGGUGGGGGGCACGGGGAGAGACCCCCCCCAUCCCUGGCGGGGCCGUCCCCAUGCCCCACGCAGCACUUAGGGACAGCUCAGGGGUCGGAUGCGCGCCCUGGCCAGAGGACUCGGGAUGCUCAGCACUUGUCCCCCUGCUCCACGCGCCCCCCAAGCGCUUACAAGGACGAGGCUGCCCCGGAGCCCCCCAAGCACUUAGGGCCCGGAGCGCGCGGGGUUCCCGGGGCUCGGCAGCCACUCUCCGGCCUCAGUGGCACGAAGGAGGUGGUGCAGGGCUGGAUACAACCUGUGGGAUCCACCAGCGCCGACACCAACCCGGCUGCGGGGCGAGAGGUUGGUGCCGCAGCCCCAAUCCCUGCUCUUCAGUGCCUUUGGGGGCUGCCAGCGCCGCCUCCGGAGCCGGCAGGGGGAUGGGGGGAAGCAGCGUCCCGCAGCACCUGGGGGGCUCGUCCCGGAGAGGUGGCACUCAGGGGGCAUUUUGCCAGUCCCCAUCGUGGUUGCAGCCAGCGCCCACCAUCGUCACCUCGUCCCUCCGCGUACGACACCGCUGGAUGCGGCCGCCGAUUGAGGAUGCGCUCAGGUGGAGCUGGGCGCCGGGAAAAAGCCAAAAUCUGCUUCAGAGUGAACUGGAAAGGGUGCGGGGCCGAGCGUGCUCCAACGCUUGUCCACAGCCGUCGGCACAGCCUCGAGCCCCGUGCAGCCACGUGCAACGCGCUCGGCACAACGCGGCUGCUCCCCGGGCACCGCUCCCGGUGCUGCCCACGAGACGCGGGGCGCAAAAGGCGGCGGCACCGGGGUGGCCAAGCCUGGAGCCAUGAGGGGCAGUGGAUGGGAACCACGGCCCCAAAACCCGGCCCCGCUCCCACAAAAGCCCCCGCGCCUACCGGGGUGCCGCGGCAGGCAGGUGGCGCCGGAGAAGAACUGGGACCAGUGCCCCGCGCUGACUGGUCCCAGCGCCGGACCGAGGGCAGCAGGCUGGGCGGCGCAGCCCCGGCAGUAUGGUAUUAUUUACACUGUGUAUUGUUACUGUGCGUAAUGUCCUAGGUUAUUUUUGUUCGUUUGUUCGUCGUUUCGUUCUGUUUUUUAAUUGGGUGCGGGGGGACGCGGCGGCGACUUCGCGAGGGCGAUGGCUCAGGACAGAGGCCACGGGAGGGAGGGGGGACGUGGCGGGUUCGAAUCGCAUGACCAAAAGGCCAUUGGUGGUCGGGGGGGGGGGGAAUGUUUUUUAAUCACAAUGACCAAACACAGCACUUGAACAUCAAAAAAUAAAAAUAAAUAAAAAAAAUAUUUAAAAACAAUACAAAACAUAAAUAAAUCGGAGCAUUCAGAGCUUUCAGCUCCCGUCCCGCACUGGGGGCUCUCACGUCCCCUGAGGUCCCAGCCCUGCUGCCAAACCAACGCAGGUGCCACAGCGCCUGGGGACAGCCCCGUCCCCAUCAGCGUGCCACAGGCACCGGCGUUGCCAUCCUGGGGCCAGCGGAGGCUCGGCUUGGCCCGGAGAGCAGGAGCGAGCAGAGGCUCUGUGCUGAAAUCCCGCAUCAGGUGAGGGUCCCAUUUGCACUACGGAAAGGAGAGGAGGAGGAGAGGCUGGGCACAGGAUCCCCUGCACCGUGCAGCCGAGGCGCUCCCACGCCUGCGCUUCCUCAUCGCAGUUUUCCCUGUCCCUGUGCCACCAAAUCCCCCGGGGAUGGGGGCAGCACGAGGUUCCCCCAGCCGGGGCUCAGUCCCCUUCCUCGUGCUCUUGCCUACCUCAGGGGCUCCGGACGACACCCGAGGCUUUACUCGCAGCGCCCGUUUAUUUUCUGCCCUGGGGACAGGCGGGCACGCUGCAGCCUCGGUACGGGCACGCUGCUGCGCCCCUGGGAGGAGGACGCAGUGUGGCCACCGCUCACCCGUGGGAGAAUCGUGCACGGAUGCGGCCGAGCAGGAAGCCGAAAGCAGCGGGCACGCCGGCGUCCCUGCAAAAAGUAAAAUAAAAUAAUAAUAAUAUUUUGGGAGAAGCGACAGGAAAGGCAAAAAAAAAGAAAAAGAAAAAGAAAAA